AUUUGGCAACCGUGUUCUUAGGUAAAAUAAAUAGUGCGUAAUUGUGAGGAAUGAAAUGCAAAAUUAAAGAUUUAUGUCAUUAAACUCGCGUUGUUUUCACUGUCAUGUUUUUGAAGUUGUGUUUAUGGUAUUCUUUGUGAUACGAAAGAUGAUUGAAUGAGGAUUUAAGAAAUAUUGGAGUGGAAAAAAUCUGCAUUAAUAGUUCAUUUAUUGAAUUGGAAAGUGCCUGUAAAUACCUAUGGCAGAUUCUGAAGAUUGCCAGCUUUCUGAUUUGCAAAGUGAAUUCAAAAAGCUAAGAGUUGAUUUAAAUAGUUUGUGUCGUAAUCAUGAAAAGCAUACGAACAAAUGCUGUUGGCGCACUCAUUUGGGAACAAAUAAAGACAGAGAUGUAAGUCUUAACCUCUUAAGUGGUGCAAAAUUAGAACAUUGUAAGUGCCGUGGAAACAACAGCUGCAUGCGAAUGCUUGCUCGAAAGAAAAGAAAGAAGUAUCCAACUAAACAUAAUUUUACAGAGAAAGCAUCUGGUUCAGAGCCUAAUUGCUUUCAAUCGGGAUUGCAUGGAAUUGUUCAAGUCGUUAAACAUUCUGUGCAGUCUCAGCAAUGCUCAAGUACAGCUUUAUUAGAUCAUAGAUUAGCCAUAAGUGUUCAAUAUGUUGAUGAACAUGCUUCUCAGCAAGACAAUACUGAUGAUAUUACUGUGGAUGAACUGGCAGGCUACUUUGAAAACUUAGUGUAUAUACCAAAAAAAAUGUCUCAUAUGGCUGAAAUGAUGUAUACAUGAUUUCUGUGUCUGUAAAUGUUUUUUAAAACAAAGUGUACUUGCAUGAAAAUAGUUUUUUCAACUAGAAUGUUCCUUCUAAUCCUUAAGUGAAUUGACUUAAAAUAUUUCUAUGCUGGAUGUUGAUAUAACUGUUUAAUAAAAAUUUCAUAUUAUUUAAA